AUGGAAGCGAGUAUUGCAGUUUACAUCCAUGACAUGGUAUCAAGCUCUGGUAUGCCCAAGGCUAUCCGAGUAUCUGGAAACGCUAUUACAUUCAGUUGUCCUCCUUUGCUGAAAAAAGCCGGAUUUCCCGUCAGUGAAGUCUGUUUUAAUGUAGAACAGGCAAUCGAAAAUCCAGUUUCUAGCCAAGUGAUGCAGAACUCUUUUUCCAAUGUCACAACCAACUUUAAAAAAAAGCGCCAAAACUUGGUUGUUUUUGCCUAUGGGGUUCGUUCUACACCAAAAAGACAACUGAUGAUCGGGCAUCAGUCGGAAGAGGGCUAUGCUGCAAAAGUCUUUUCAGACGCUAUUUCGGGUGGAACAGGCAUCUUUUGCAUCUCUUGCUAUGUGGUCAGCCAUGACGAGUAUGUCAUUGACUUAAUAAACCUUAGUAACGAGCUAGGCGUGAUCGUGGAGUCCGUGAAGGAGGGUCCAAGUGUACGGAUGGUCGAACGGGCCAAGGUCACAUCGGUAGCUGAUGUCAGAAGUGUUUUUAAAAAGAUCGUUCAAAAUUAUCAGCAAAUAUUUUCCAAUGUCCUUUUAGAAAAACAACUUACACCGGAGCUUGAGGCCCUACCCCCUUACAAUGGGGAUACUAUCUUGCUACAACUCUACCGCUACGAAAAUGUAGAAGACUUCAACAACUACGCAGAGGCGAAUUCGAUGACCUUUGUAGCUCUGGGGGACUCCGAGAGACCGGUCCUUUGUGGCGUGGAUCCACAGCAGCAGGUUGCAUACGAAAAAACGCACCGAGUGCUUUUAUCUGCAGUUGGCAUUGUGUCGGGUAUCAAAUGCAAUCGCCUCCGGCUUCCGUAUGGGAAGUCAAAAGUAAGCCAGCUGCUGCGCCGCUGCUAUAAUGCAGAGAAGAAUUAUUCACAUAAUGCAGAUAAUGCUCCUACGAACACAGUUAUGCUCGUUCAUUGCUUCACGGAUGGAAGGUGGGCAGAGGAAUCCUACCACUGCUUGUCCAUGAUUCGUCGCAUCUGCAACUCCCUUGGCUCCAGCGGUGUUGGCUCGAUGCUGAGAGAUCUCCAGGUGGACAAAUGGCGCUUGGAUCAGGACGUGGCGGAGCUGCGGGAUGAAAUCAUGAUUGCGAAGACAGUCUACGAGUACAAACCUUUCAUUUGCGAGUCUGCAAAGCCGAUUCAGAAUAUUAAAGAGGAAGAGUUGAAGCGCAUCAGUAAUAUUCAAUCAAAGCGGAACGAGGUGUACGAGCAGCAGCUCGCUGUCAUACGUCAGAAAGCCAGGGAAGAGGCGGAUGAACUGAUCAGGGAGCAAGAAAAACAAGCUGGUGCCACCCUCGAGGGGCUGAAAAAGACGUUGGAGCAGAAGAAGCGCGAAAACCAAUCCCUUGAAGCAGAUCGAAACGCCCGAGCCCAGGAUUAUGAACAGACACUAGAGAGAAUUCGCAAGAAGAAGGAGGACGAGGAAAGAACCGCAGCAAGGGCCAAGGAGGAAAUAAACCAGUUGGAGGAGGAGCUCAUUGUCCGCCAGGCGGCCGUUCGAGAGAAGCAGCGCCAGCUGGAGAUGGCGAAGCUCGACAAGGCGAAGGGCAAAGAGGCGAUUUCACGCGAGCGCGAGAUGGUUCAGGAAUCGCGGAGCGCCUUACAGGAAGAGCGUCGCCGCCAACGUGAGCAGUGGAUCAAGCAAAUCCGUGACAUCAAUCAAAGAAUUCUUGACCAGCUUCAUGAUCUUGAUGGGGAGCUCCGCCGUAAUGGGGAGCAGACUUCAGCGAAGGAGGCUGCGAAUAAGCAGGCGAUCAUCGAUGACAUAAAGUCCACCGAGGAGUACUUUCCGCAACUUAUUUUACUGGAGACCACUCCAAUGAACCCCGAGGAGAUGGAGAACAUCCGUCGGCAGUUUGACGCAAUUUUCGAGAAGGAGAAGGAAAGCUACGUUGCCAAGAUUGAGGAAGAGAAGCUUCGAAAGGAAAAGUUGGAAAAGGGUCUUGAAGCAUACCGUAGUCGUGUGCUGGAGGCUGCACAGUCAAAGAAGGAGGAUAAUCUUCGGGAGGCCAUCCGAAAAGAGCAGUACCUCAAUUCCAUGGUGGAUCAAGUGCUUAAUUAUCUACGUCAAGGCGUUAGGAUGACCAAGAUAUCCUGUAAAGGGAAUGUGCGCCGUCGCUUCUACUUUAUCUCGGACGACGGCAAAUUCAUUCACUCAUGUGAGCUCGAUUGCCAAGAUGCACCCAUCAACCGUCGAAAACCGUCGGUAACUAUUUCGAUUCAAGAUAUUAUGAAGGUUGUAAUAGGCCUUUACACCAUGUCUUUCGUCGGGUUUAGCGGUGAGGCCCAGCUUGCUAAGACGCGCCUCGAGGUUGUGACUGACAGUGGUACAUACCGUCAUGAUCCCACCCAUACCAUCACUCCAGCUAAUAUAGGACUCUAUAACUAUCGCUCUUUUGCGCUUCUGUUGCGUGGCAACAAGUCCCUGGAGGUAGUAUGCGACUGUGAUUCUGACUGUGAGGCGUGGCUGGUGUGCCUGAAGCGUUUAUUACGAAUCCGAACUACUGUUGAGAAGAUUGUGGAGCAGCGCACACAUACAGCUCGAGAGGCGAACCCUGCUAGUUUGGAGCCAAUGUGCGACAUGAAGUUUGGUGGGGUCCUGGAUGUCCGUAACAUGCAUGGGUUUGUUUCCCUCUCGCCGGAGGAGGCCAAUUUUUGCAGCGAGAACCAUGUCCCACCGGCUCUCUUUCUUCGCGUGAAGCAAGAGCAGAUGAAGAGGUCUCAGACAAGUUCUGUAACCGUCUACGAUAUACGUGUUUCCUCAGGGCUGGAUUUGUUUAGAUCCAGCUACAUGUAUGAUUUCUUGGUCACCCAUGGCUGCAUCAAGCUUCCCUUUUAG